AUGGAAUUGAUGGGCCGUCGAAAAGACGACAUCGAGGAGUUCCUCGAGCUGCCAGACCCAACCAGUCGAUACAGUAAUUUCUUGUAUCUACGAUACAUGAUCUUUGCCGAGGGACUCGGAAUACCGGAGGGUUAUGAUCAUUGCCCGUAUAGACCCUAUGUAUGGUCCGUUCUCUGUGAGGUUCCACUCUAUCCUACCAAACAGUACUUGAAGUUGGUGUCUACCAUAAAAGACAAGCUAUCUCCUGAGCUCUACCAAAAGAUCCGAAAUGACACUUUCCGGACGUUGAAAAACGAUCAAAUGUUUCACCUGAAAGUUUCGGAGGAAGCGUUGAUCCGUAUUCUAGCGGCCAUUGCAAUCACCAUUCCUAAUAAGGCUCGCUACGUUCAGGGAAUGAACGUUUUGCUAGCGCCAAUUGCAUACACGUACUACCGGAGUGAACCACAGGCAUUUGCUGUUCUACAUCAUUUGGUGACGAAACAGAUCCCGCUCUAUAUCACUCCCAACUUGGAUGGAGUCCAUACAGCUCUGAGUUUAGUGGACCUAGUCUUGCGUAUAAUAGAUCCAGAGCUCAGCCAAUUUCUUGACUCAAAGCUUUUGAAAGCAGAAAUCUAUGCUUUUCCUUCGAUCUUGACUUUGUGCACCUGUACUCCUCCCCUCAGCUCCUUGUUCAGACUUUGGGAUUUUAUGUUCGCCUACGGCACCCAUCUAAAUAUUCUCUUUAUUGUCGCACAGUUGAAAAUCAACCGCUCUGUCAUUCUUCGCUCUCCACAACCGAUGAGAAUCCUUCGAAAUUUCCCCAAUCUUGAUGAAGAGAAUAUCAUAAAGCUGAGUCUUUUGAUAAUUAAAAAACUACCCAAAGAGGUCUAUGAUUUAAUUGUGAGACAUGGCUUUGAUCCAGAGGUACCCUAUGAGCUAAAAUCAUAUCUAGCUAGCCAGAGACGCUGA